AUGUCACCUGAUGAUCCCAAUAGGAUGGAGGAGUUGAGAAAGUAUGCAGCCAUCUAUGGGCGGUUUGAUUCAAAAAGGAAAAAUGAUAAACCAAUGUCACUACAUGAGAUCUCAGUGAAUGAAGCAGCUGCCCAGUUAUGUCACCAUUUGCCAGCAUUGUUGACACGGAGAGAGGACUUGUUUCCAUUAGCAAGGCAGGUUGUGCGAGAAAGUGGUUAUCAGUAUUCUAAAGGUCACUCCAGAGCCUCAUCUGAUGGUUUAUCAAUAAAGCGAUCCAAAUAUGACCCUUCUUUUCAACGCCAAUUUGAAGCUAACCCCAAAUCCGUAAAUGCAGAAUUGGAGAAGCUUCAACGAGAGGAACGAAUGUCUGCAAUAAACAAUGAAAUGGUUAGCUUGAAAGAGAAACAAGAUGAGAUAAAAACCCAGCUAGCUGCUGCCAAAGACGCUGGUGAUACCAUUUUGUUGCAGAAGCUGCAGGGAAGUCGCGAUCUAAUCACAUCUCGACAACUCCAUCUAAUGGCCGAGCAGAAUGAAAUUAUCAAAAAGCAGCGCCGCUAUGAACGAUACCAAAUGAAGAAUGCUGUCCGUUGUGGUAACAAUGGCAAAGAAUAUAAUGAUGAUGAAGCUACAGAUUCCUCCAAUUUCCCUAGUGGUUGCUCAUCACCACUCAAUGAUUCUCAGGAUGGAGAAAAUUAUUUUGAUUUUACCAAAAGUGACUUAUAUACUGCUACUCAAAAGAAUGCUACAAAAUUGGUGCAAGACACUCUUUUUGACGAAGGUGUGGAAGAAGUUUUCUUGCCAAGAACUAGUUGGAUGAUAUAUGUUGAGAAAAAUUACCAGCAAAUCUGUGGAGCAGGAUCAGUGUUCUGA